AUGUCAUCCGACUACGGAUCGGACAUUGACUCCGACGUCGCAGAUGCCGUCGAUGAGAUUGUCUCGUCGCAGCAAGCUCCCCCUUCCUCCGCGCAAAUACCACGGCCUGCGCUAAAGCCACUCUAUACAAACACCGCUCCUACGCCGCCAUCAUCCCAUGACAAACCAAAUGAAAUCACUCUUCAGCAAUGGCACCAAGCUGCCUCAACGCCGCCGCCCUCGGCCUCGUCAUCGGACGCCGAGCCGUACCGCCUGACGUUUGGCAAACAUGAGGGCAAGACGCUUGCGGAGAUACCGACGUCUUAUGUUACGUGGUUGAUUAGGAAUCCGAUUUCGAGUAGACCGAUGGAAUUGAUAUAUGCGUUGGAAGAGUGGCAGGAGGAGAAGAAGAAUGGGAGGAAGGCGGCAUCGCAAGCGUCGCAAUCGCAAGCAUCGCAGGUGUCGAUGUCGUCGCAAUCGCAAGCUACAACGUCGAAGAUGCCGCUUUCCCCACCGUCGUCUCAAGCCUACCCGGCUCCUCCUCCGUCCUCGCAACCUGUGCUAUCGAGCUCGCAUGUCUCUAAAUAUACCUCUCCUCCCUCGCCUUCUCGCUCGCCGUCACCACCACCUAGCACACAACAGUCAUAUCCUCCUUCGUCACAGCCCACGGCACCUCAAGAACCGCCUGGUGCGCCCCUAUACGUCCUUCCUUUCGGCGAGUAUAAAGGCAAGACUCUGCUUGAGGUACCAGAGGACUACCUCUAUUAUCUUGGUGCGAGCGAAGACAAAUUGGCCACUUUGCCUGGUUUGUCUGAUGCGCUCGGCUUGAUGCAGAAAGGCUUGCCUCCAGUCGCUAUGGCACCCUCGGUCCCAAGUCAGGCUUCUUCGCAAGCUCUACCACCGCCAUCAUCUGCACCCUUCUCGUAUAUGGACUCUGCACCGCCUGCAUCCAGUCAAGUUUCUGUGGCCAGUCAGCAGGCGCCGCUACCACCUUCGACUGCGCCUAGCCAUUAUUCCCUCUGCAAGAACGACGUCCCGAGUAGUUCGCAACCUCCCGCACCGCAGCUCUCUGCCUCGCAACCUACCCCGCAGCCUCCCUCGUCUCAACCUCCACCCCGCAAACAACCAUACCGUUUCGACUUCGGCAAGCACGAAGGCAAAACCAUCGCCGAAGUCCCUCCCGACUACAUGGCCUUCCUGAAGAGCAAGGGUUUCACCGACACAAAUGAGACACUCGCUGCAGGAGUCGCAGAGUACGAACGCCACCACCCACCCAUCGGGACUCCGCGCAAGGGCGAAUACAGAUUCACGUUCGGCAAGCAUGAAGGAAAGACGGUGGCGGAAGUACCCUCUCAGUACAUCUGGUGGCUCAAAACCCAAACGAGUAUUCCCAAGGACAAACCUGAAUUGGGGGCCGCUAUUCGACAGUUGGAGCGGACUCAGAAGCGUACUCAGACAAAGACGCAGAAUCGGAGUCGACGGAGGGCUUGGUCACCGAUGUGCCCAUGUUGUGAUUGA